AUGGCUCAGUGCUAUUCCUUUCAGGCAGAAGAUCCCAGGUUCAAUAUCUGCAUCUCCCGUGGAAAGGCUCGUGCAGGAAACCCAGGGAAUGCCACUGAGACGGAUUUGUCCCGACAUCAGCCGCUCUGGUUUGAUUAUCCCGACACGGAUGAGAAGAAGAUCCUUGCCAUUUACAAGCUCAUCGGAGAGCAGCCUGAGUAUAUUCCCCCAAGUUCAUUCCCUCACCAGCUGCGUUAUAUCCUAGUGGGAUCCAUUAUACUCAUCCUGCUGUUCUUCCUCUAUCAGAUCAUAUCUAAAGUGUACGUGUCAUUUUGGUUGGUGUAUGUUAUGCUGCAAGUAUUCUCCCUGCCUCCUUACUGCCUUUGGAUCCUCAAAUAA